GCGCCGAAUGGAAUGAAAAGUGGGUCGAGGAUGAUCGCGUGCGCGAUUUUGGAUGGAAUGAAGGGCUUCAGGACUCAUGGGAUGAUGAAUGGUGCGAGGAUGGGGUUGAAGAGCAUGGCGAAGAAUGGAAUGAAGAAGGGCCCGAGAGUGAGGGCAAACGUGAUGAGGAAUGGAACGCAGAUGAGGUUGAAAGGGGCGGGGCAUAUGAUGAAGAUGAGGAAGCUGAUGCCAAAUGGGAUGAGGGGGAGGGGGAGGGCGACGCCUCUUGGCAAGAGGAAGUUGUCAUGGAAGAUCUUGCGGGCUCGAAGCUGGAGGCGCCAGCGCAGGACCCCGAGAAGCAGCGCCAGAAGGAUAUCAAGAAGAUCCUGCGUGAGUUUGAC